ACACAUACCAAUUCCAAUUUACGCUCCUGGCAUGUCUUGCCUCUGUUCUUAUGUAAAUGGACACUGACGGACACACGUAUCCCAAUUCCAAUCUAGGCUCCUCGCAUGUCUUGCCUCUCUAGCGUGGAUCAACCAAAGAGUCGCCAGAAAACAAAUCCCGGCAACCAUGGCAGGAGAGGUGGUGGGAAAUUCUACCCAAGUCUUGGAAAUUAAUUUUGAGAAAAAUUGUUUUUUUAAAAGGAAAAUGCUGAUGCACUCUUUAUGGAAUUAAAACUAGAAUUUUUUUUAUUAGAAAACGUAAAAAAUACUUAUGACUGUGAUUUUUAAUGCAUUAUAACAUUAUUUCUAGUAAAAAUUUAGUAUUUUGAUUCCAGUCCAGCUAUCAUAGAGUACUAUUAGCCAGACAGGUUUUUAAAAGCUCAUAUUUUUUGGUACAGGAAAUUUUGACUUAGGAGAAUGUUCACUCCCAUGUAAGAUCAAGGAAGAGCCCCAACUUCAACGAGGAUUGAUGGCAGGAAUGCAAAUUACUUACCAACAGGUUUGCAUCAAAAAGUAUACCAGACUCGAAGUUCUAAUGCCAAAGAGAAAGUAAAAUACAUGGUUUGGACAACUGAGAUGGACAAGUGCCUCACUGAGGUACUUGCUGAGCAAGUGAAAAAGGGGAACAUAGUAGAUAACAUCUUAAAGCCAGCAGCAUUUUCCGGCGCAUUGAAAACAUUAAAUGGAAAGUAUGGUAUGUGUGUGACAAAAGGACACAUAAAAAAUCGGUUGAAGACGUGGAGGAAGCAGUUUGGGGUUUUGAAGGAACUCCUUACUCAUAGGGGAUUCAUGUGGAAUGAGACAAAAAAGAUGGUUGUUGCAGAUAACUCUGUUUGGAGUGAUUACAUCAAGACACACCCUGAUGCAAGGGUUUUUCAAGGAAAGUCUAUAGAAAACUAUGAUCAAUUAUGUACCAUCCUUGGAAGUGAUCAAGUAGUUGCAAGCUUUUCUGACAAUGUUGCAGAAAUAGAUGUGAACUUUGCAACUGAUAAGGAGGAUCCAGAUCUUGCAAUUGUGUCUGGAAUACAAUCUGAUGGAAACCAGACCAAAAAUCUCAGGUGGACAGUUGAAAUGGACAAUUGGCUUGGAAAGGUUCUUGUAGACCAAGUGAGGAAAGGGCUCAAAGUAGAUAAAGUUUUGCAGAGAGAAGCAUAUGACACAGCUGUUUCAUCCAUAAAUGCAAAAUUUGAUUUUCAUCUAACAAAAUACAACAUAAAAAAUCGGCUUAAAACUUGGAAAAAACAGUAUGAAUUGUUGAAGGAACUUUUGUCUCAUACUGGAUUUGAGUGGGAUGAAACUAAGAAAAUGGUCAUUGGAAAUGAUUCUGCGUGGAAUGACUACAUUCGGGAGACAUUUUCUUGUAGCACCUUUGAUAUACUUCAAGAUGCAAAUCAAUGCAUCUCAAUGUCCUUCAUUGGAAGCGUUGAGAAACUGACUUACUACACUAACAGCAAAAGAGAUGUCGGGUCAACUAACUGUGAGACACAUCCAGAUGUAAGGACUUUCCGUGGUAGAGUAUUUGAGAACUAUGAUCAGUUCUGCACUAUCUUUGGCCAUUUUAAUGAGCCUUUGCAUUGUAAUGAAUCUGAGCCUUGUGAUGAGCCAGUGGAGGCUCUAAGUGUCUGUCCAGCUAACUAUGAUAUCAAUGUUAAAGAUCAAGGAAGGCACAUUAGGUGGACAAGUGAUAUGGACGACUGUCUUAGUGCAAUCCUGGUGCAGCAAAUAGAACGAGGUAACAGGAGCAAAUUUGACUACAAAUUGAAACCUGCUGCAUUUGAAGCAGCUGUGUUGGGUAUUAGCGAGAAGUUUCAGCUUGAUUUGAUGAAAGAACAUAUUAAAAAUCGUCUUAAAACAUGGAAGAAACAAUAUGACAUUCUAAAAGAACUUUUGAACCAGAGCGACUUUGAAUGGGAUGAGAAGCGAAAAAUGGUGAUUGCUAAUGAUACUGUCUGGAAUGAAUAUAUUGUGAAAAAUCCUGAUGCUCGACUUCUUAAAGGACGAGUUAUCAGAAACUAUGAUGAACUGUGCAUAAUUAUAGGUCAUCGUGACCCACCAGGUAGUUCCAUGAAUGGUGCUCGUGCUAAUAUGGGCAUGACUACAGACGAUGAUGAUAUGGAGGCUCAAGAGACAAAUUACCAUAGAACUAGCUCCGCAAAGGACAAAGGGAAGCAUGUAACAUGGACAGAUGAGAUGGAUUGUUGCUUGACAGAGCUGCUAUUUAAUCAAGUAAUGUUGGGAAACAAGCUUGAAAAAAAUUUCAAGACCUCAGCAUAUAUAGCUGCUGUAACUUUUCUAAAUGAAAAAUUUGGCCUGAAUUUAACAAAAGAAAACAUUGUAAGCCGGUUGAAAAAAUGGAAGAAACAGUAUGGUCUCUUGCAGGAAAUGCUUUCUCAUGGGAGAUUUGAGUGGGACGAGGAACAUAAGAUGGUUGUUGCAACUGACUCAGAAUGGGAUGAAUACAUUAAGAAACAUCCUGAUGCUAGGCAUUUGCGAGACAGGCAUAUAGAGAACUACCAUGAACUAGGUAUGAUUGUUGGCAAUGGGCAAGGAAGUGGAAAUUGGUCUGAAAACUUUGAGAGGUUUGAUGUAAAUACUGCACCUACACCUAACUAUGAAGAGCAUGCAGAAACUCCAGCACAGUUAUUAGCUAAUGAAGAGAUGAGCCAUGGUAAUGCAAGUGACGAAGUGCAAGGUUUGUCUGAGCAGACAAGGGCCAAGCCUUCAUCAUCACAUUCAAAACAACCAUCAAAAAGGAGACGCACCAGUGAUGUCAUGCUAGAAAUGAUGAAUGUUAUGGCUGCAGAUAUCAGUCGGAUAGCUGAUGCAUUGAGUGAAAGUAAUAAGAAAGUGUGCUUGGAGGAAGUGGUUGAGAAGGUACAGAAUAUGCCUGACUUUGAUGAUGAUCUCAUCAUUGAAGGUUGUGAAUAUUUAUGUUUUGAUGAGAAAAGGGCAUUGAUGUUUUUGAAAUUAAAUGAGAGAUUAAGGAAAAAGUGGUUGUUGAAAAGAUUGCGUGAUCAAGGUAGUUAAAUUGAUCUUUGAAUUAUUUUCAUCUUAGCAUGUUCUUACUUCUCUAGUUUUGGUAGUAAAUUAUGUAAUAAAAACAAACAUUGAAGGGUAAUGGCAAAGUUAUGGAAUGACAAGCUGCUUCAGCUUUCCUUUGCUGUUUACUUAUUGCUUUAGGGUGUGUUUGGGAGUUAGUUAAGGAGGGGAAGGGCAAGUUUUUCUAUUUUUAAUUAGCAUUCUCUAAUUUAUAUAUAUAUAAAAUAAAAGUCAUAAAAUGAUAUAUAUCAACUUUUUAUUUACU